AUGCCGGUUAUUUUUACAGUUUUGAGAGUGCUGCUCUUUUUGUGUGUGCAUGUGUGCUGUCUGCAGUACGGGUUCAUUAACAGCUGUCUCAAGUCUCUGGUGAUGGAAAAGUUUGGCCAAGAAACCUGGGACAAACUGAGCUCUCUAGCAGGGGUCCAGGACACCUUCAUGACAUACACAGUUUAUGACGACAUCCUCACUCUGAGUCUGGUGGCUGAAGCCUGUUCACUGCUGGAUGUACCGGCCGAGGUGUUACUGAAGCUUUUUGGAGAACACUUCUUUGUUUUCUGUAAAAACUCCGGGUAUGACGCGAUGCUGCAGACACUGGGAGGAAAUCUGGUUGAAUUCAUAGAAAAUCUGGACUCCCUCCAUAGUUACCUGGCUCUGUCCUAUCAGGAAAUGAAUGCACCAUCGUUCCGAGUGGAGAUGACAGACGAUGGUAAGAUGCUGCUUCACUACUAUUCGGACAGGAAGGGCCUGCAUCACAUUGUACCUGGAAUCAUGGAGGCGGUUGCCAGGGAUCUUUUUGACAGCAAAGUGAACAUGGUGGUUCUAAAUCAGUCAGAGGAAGACGAGCGAACAGGGAAGAAGGAACAUGUUGUGUUUCUGGUCAAUCAGUCCAAGCAGGUGUCCAAGACUACAGACCAAGUACACUUGAAUCAAAGACAGGAGGCAUUUUUCAGAAGAAUGAGGGACAGAUAUGUGUCGCUGGCUGGAAAAAAGAGGGGCUGGGACCUGAUCAGAGCCCUGGUUCUUUCUGCAGAGGGUCAACUCUCUUUUCUCUCUCCCUAUAUUGAAGCGUUUAGAACCUUAACACUUAAGAAUUCUGAUCUUAUUCACAUUAGAUUCAGUUGUUGUAGAUGCAGCCAUCAGAGCAACUUCUGUCCAUGUUACCCUGACAAGCUGUGGAUGGAGGAGAAAGCUUUCUGCAAUGCUUUUCCCUUCCAUAUAAUCUUUGAUAAAGAUCUGAAGAUCAAGCAGACAGGGGUGAACAUACAGAAAUUUGUUCCAGGUCUUCAGACCAGAGAUGCUACACUGGACCAGUACUUCAUCAUUGUUCACCCACAGGUAACUUUUACUAUUGAGAGCAUCAGUAAGUUCAUCAACAGCCAGUUUGUCUUGAAGAACUCCACGCUCAAAUUAAGAGGUCAGAUGAUGUGGAUGGAUUCGCUUGGCUGUAUGUUGUACCUGUGUUCUCCAAAGUUAAGGAGCCUCCAGGAGCUUCAGGAUGUCGGCCUUCACCUGGCCGACCUGGCCCAGCACGACGUCACCCGAGACCUGGUCCUUCUCAACCAGCAACGACUGGCUGAGAUGGAGCUGACCAACCAGCUGGAGAGGAAAAAGGAGGAGCUGAGAAUCUUGUCAAGGCAUCUCGAGGCUGAAAAGGAAAAGACGGAGACGCUGCUGUACGCCAUGCUUCCGCGUCACGUGGCCAAUCAGCUUAAAGACGGCAAGAGUGUCAAAGCAGGGGAGUUUGAGGUGUGCACCAUUUUAUUCAGCGACGUGGUCACGUUCACAAACAUAUGCGCUGCAUGUGAGCCCAUCCAAAUUGUUCACAUGCUCAACUCCAUGUACUCCAAGUUCGACCGACUCACCAGCAUACAUGACGUGUACAAGGUUGAGACCAUCGGUGAUGCUUACAUGGUGGUGGGGGGCGUUCCAGUUCCUACGCAGUCCCACGCUCGCCGAGUGGCAAACUUCGCCUUAGGUAUGAGGAUAGCCGCCAGAGAGGUCACCAACCCUGUUACAGACAAACCCAUACAGAUUCGUGUGGGCCUCCACACUGGCCCGGUGCUAGCUGGGGUGGUGGGGGAGAAGAUGCCUCGCUACUGCCUGUUUGGAGACACUGUUAACACUGCUUCCAGGAUGGAGAGCCAUGGUUUACCUGACUGCAUUCACCUCAGCAAUUCCACAUACAGUGAGCUGAAGGACGCAGGGUUCAACAUACAAGAACGCGGGGAGAUCGAGGUGAAGGGUAAAGGCCAGAUGGCCACUUACUUCCUGUUGGGUAACUUGCUGGUGUCAGAGGACUGGAUCAUGGGAAAAGAAAAUGGACAGACGUGUAUUUAUGAGGAGGAUACUCACGGCCACAUUGAAAGAGAUGCCAAUAAAGAGCCUGACGUGAGAGUGGAUCCGGACACGCCCACAGAUGGACUCGGGCCCUCAGACCCCUCCCACUUCAAAACAAUCACCCCCUUUGCCUGGGACAUUAGUUCUCCGUAUGGGACCUAUGGGACCAAUGGGAACAGCAUCAAUACACCUGAAAACAUGACCAAUAGCAGACUCUGCGUCAUAAUCUGA